AGAGAACUGGGGGGCUGAUAGCCUGCAGGGAAGCUGGGGCUUUGUCAGCCUUGCUGGUCAACACGGCAGCUUUGCCUAUUGGCUAGCAUUGCUGGUGGCUGAAUAUCUUUUGUCAAGAAUAAAGUGCACACAAUCUAUUCAGAGUCUCUGUAUGUCCUGAGCUAAGGGCAGAGGGUACGACCUGGGCACUGCCCUUGAAGACCUAGAAAGUGAGGCAGGAGUUUCAACAAACUCUGGUGAAGCAGUCUUUGGACAGUUACCUCCACAGGAAGAGGGUUACCAUGGGCUACUGUGCAGAGGGUGGGAGACGUCCUGGAAGACACAGGGGUGGGACUGACCCUUGAGUCAGUCUUGAGGGGCUUGGGGCAGCACUGUCCACACUGUCCAAGCAAGCCCUGGGGCCUCUUGAGCUGUUAAAAGUUGUUUCUGCAGAAAGGUUACAUGUUCCAACAUUUGGAAAUACUACCCACUACUUGGAAAGUCCCAGUGCAGAUUAGCACAUGAAAGGCCCUGAUAAUCCUGCAACCAAGAGAGCCCUUUGGUUUUGCUUUAGUGGCAUUUCCCAAAACUGACCACAGAACGUGCGUGCGUGUGUGUGCGUGCAUGCGUGCGUGCAUGCGUGUGUGUGUGUGUGUGUGAUUUCUGGAAGCAUACCUUGAACUUGGUUGCAUGGAGCACAGUUUGGGAAUGCUAGCCUGGGAACUGGGUCAUCUAGCUCAAGACUGGCCAGAAGCAACUCCCUUCCACUACAGAGGUAGGGAGACUAAGACAAGGGCCAUAAAAGGCAGCUCAUGAAUUGGCAACUGCCUAAAUAACUUCCCACCACAGUCUUCCUCCCAGAGUGCCAUCUUUACCUACUAUCUUAGUACAUUUGGACUGCUAUAACAAAAUAUCAAAGACUGGGUGGCUUCAAAUAACAGGAGUAUGUUUUCCAGUGUACUGGAGGCUGGGAAGCCGAAGAUCAAGGUGCCAGCAGGUUUGUUGUGGGUGAGGGUCACUUCCUAGAUGGCUGGCUUUUUCUUGUAACCUUGCAUGGCAGAUGGUGAGUGGGACAUCUCUGGGGCCUCUUUUAUAAUGGCACUGGUUCCAUUCUUGAGCACUUCAUCCUUAGAAUCGAAUCGCUUCUCAAAGGCCCCAUCUUUUAACACCAUCACCUUGGGGGUUAAGAUUCAACAUGUGAACUUUGAGAGGACACAAACAUUCAAGCCAUAGCACCUCCUCUAGAGAAGACUCUAGAAGGAGGACAGUGGUGAGCUGGCCUCUCAUUACCAGUGGCAUUUUUGCUGGCCAGCCAGGAAAGGCUGUCAGGGGUCACAGCUCUGGAGGGGACUCUUGGCUACUGGGGGUACUCACCUUGUGCCAAAGUCAUAUUCAGCGUAGGGCCUUCCUUCCUGCCUUCUAUCUUACAUUUAUGACCUUGUCCAGAUUCCUUGAAGUGGAGUUUCUCACCUGCCUAAUUGGGCACCCCUUGCCUGGUACCCAUGGCUACAUUUGGCACACUGUACAUGAUCCACCCAGCACCUGAUGCCCACAUCAUCAUGCACCAAGAUGGUCACCCUGACACAUGCCCAUCCCCCUAUGGCCCCCAUGCAAUAUGUAUUUACACGUUCAUACACAGUUCACGUAGUUAUAACAGCAGCACACAUUCAUUUACUCAUACAUAUCUGUAUAGAGUAUACAGUACAUCUACAUACCUGCAUUCCACAUGCCAACACAUGAACAGACUCACUCCACUCACCACCCACAUAAGUGUACAUACAUGCACACCCCAUGAUACAUACCCACAGAAAUACAAGCUUAAAUUUUUCCAGAAGGGACUCCUUUCUCUUUCUUUGCUCUGACAUGUCACCUGUGCCCCUACUCCACCAUCACUGAAUUCAAACAAUAUUUCAACAGGAGAUGGAGGCCUUUAGCCAGGAAAACACCAUGAGUGUGAGUGUGUCCGCAUAUGCAGGCCAGCCGCAGAGCCUGGGUCACAGCUGAUUCGGUGUGGUCCCCACUAUGAUGAAAACAAGCAUCACAAAGCUCUGUUUGGAUGCUAUGUGGCCUGGGAGGGCUUCCUGGAGGAGUUGAGCCUUCAGCUGGGAUGGAAGAGUGAGCUCCAUGUCAGUAGAGAGUGAGAGAAGGGAGCACUGAGGUGCCCCCUUUCAAAGGUCUCAGCAUCCUCACGCUACCUCCUGCCGCCACUUCCACCUGGGCCCCCCACAGCCGCAGCAGCUCGCUCCCGACUUCCCGCUGGCCCACCCCGUGCAGUCGCAGCCCGGCCUCAGCGCCCACAUGGCCCCGGCCCACCAGCACAGCAGCGCCCUGCACCAAUCGCUGACCCCGCUGCCCACCCUGCAGUUCCAGGACGUCACAGGUCCCUCCUUCCUACCUCAGGCCCUGCACCAGCAAUACCUCCUGCAGCAGCAGCUCCUGGAAGCCCAGCACCGGAGGCUCGUCUCGCACCCCAGGCGGAGUCAGGAGCGUGUGUCUGUCCACCCCCACCGCCUCCACCCCAGCUUCGACUUCGGCCAACUGCAGACGCCUCAGCCCAGGUAUUUGGCUGAGGGCACUGACUGGGAUCUCAGUGUGGACACUGGCUUGAGUCCUGCUCAGUUCCAGGUGCGGCCCAUCCCUCAGCACUAUCAGCAUUACCUAGCGACUCCUCGAAUGCACCACUUUCCCAGAAACUCCUCGUCCACGCAGAUGGUCGUCCAUGAAAUCAGAAACUACCCUUACCCUCAGCUUCACUUCCUCGCUCUCCAGGGACUAAAUCCCAGCAGACACACCUCUGCCGUACGGGAGAGCUAUGAGGAGCUGCUGCAGCUUGAGGACAGGUUGGGUAAUGUGACUCGGGGAGCUGUACAGAACACCAUUGAGAGGUUCACCUUCCCCCACAAGUAUAAGAAGCGAAGACCCCAGGAUGGCAAGGGCAAGAAGGAUGAGGGGGAGGAGUCAGACACAGAUGAGAAAUGCACAAUUUGUCUGUCUAUGCUUGAAGAUGGAGAAGAUGUGAGACGCCUACCCUGUAUGCAUCUCUUUCACCAACUGUGCGUGGACCAGUGGCUCGCCAUGAGCAAGAAAUGCCCCAUCUGCCGAGUGGACAUUGAGACACAACUGGGAGCCGACAGCUGAGGGAGGAAUUAGCCAGUGGACACCCCAUUUCCUUCACCAGGUCCCCCCACGGCCAUAGCCCUUGCAGCCAAACUUUGCCUUCUGAGCCAUUUGACGUAGAGGAAAAGCCUGCAAGCACAUUUUGUGGAAAGAGGAGUUGGUGGUAUCGGUGUCGAGGGAGAGGAGGGAGUGGGGGAGGACCCACCUCUCCAGAAUGGCGACUGUCCCCAUCCACCUGGCUGAGCAGGAGAGAGGGAGCUGGCCGUGCCCAGUGCAAGGGCGGGAAGGAGGGGCCCAGGCUGCGGAGAACCCAGGUGGGAUUCUGAAGGCACUAGCUGACCGACUGGCCCCUCAAUCCUGUCCUCCGAAGGAUUGUAUAUAUACCUCUCGACCACGUAGGAACCAUGUAGGGGUCUCUAGCUAUUUCUGUGGAUGGCAGCCGGAGCAUGUUAGCUUAAGAAAAAUGUUGUGUGUGGUGCUCUAGUCAUCUUGUGGUGGACAUGUCGCUAUUACCGAAUUUGCACCAAAUAUUUCUCAUUGAGUUUCUUGUUUUGGUGCCUGACCGAACCAACCAACGACAGCCCCAGUCUUCCCGUCUUUAUGAGAGAAAAGGAAAAAGGAAUCAAAGGUGGAAGAAAAAAAGCCAAAUCCUGUUUACGGUGAAAAAGGAUAUUGUUUUUCACCCAACUUGGGAGGCGGGAGGGGGGGUUCUCGUUUCGUUUUUGUUUUUGUUUUUUCCUUGGCUUUUGUUUUUCUCAGGUUUACAGUGCACGGAGUAUGGAAGGGGGUCUGGGAGAGGGAGGGCUGGAAAAGGAGCUGAUGGGGUCUUAUCCCAGCCUCUGAGGGUUCAGCCGAGAUGAGGAAGGUGGCAGAGCUCCAGCAGGUGAAGGGAGAGUUCUACGGGGGGCUCCCCAGACCCAGGGCUCAACUGCAUGGCCCCAGCUAUCCCCCAAGUUCCACACUAAACCAGGGAGGGCUUGGCCUUCAGCUACAGCUGCCCGCUGUGUUCCUGGGAGCCCAGAGGCCCAUGCUCAUUCCUACUCUUUCCUUUAGGCUGCCCUCUUGCCCAUCACAAAGAGGCAACAUAGCCACUGCCUCCCUAUGCAAAACAUUAACCAGAUGAUGCGGAUAAGACAGCAUAGGUGAUGGCCGCUUGGUCUUGGCCACAAUGCUCUCAGCCAGCACUCAGGGCUGAGGUCAAUACCAUGGACCUUGGAGAGGAAGCUGAGUGUCCCCCAGGAUGUCUCCAGUCCUGACACAGUCCUUCAGAGAUGGCCCUGGCUCUGAGGCCACCUUGGCUAGGUUUGGGAGGCUCCGAGUUUCUGGUCUCUGGCUCCUUCUCUGACUCUUCGAUAACCUUGGGCAAGUCCCUUUCUUUCUCUGUGCCUCAGUUUCCUUCUCCUUUGAGUGGGGAGAGAUAACAGUGCAGCCCCAUUUCCUGUCCUGCUACCUCACCUAGAUGUGAGGAUGAAUAAUCUCUGUCUAGAGUGUUCUAUGCGCUCUUCUGGGAACCUCUUGGGGUGUCGAGAUGGAGGUGCUGGGAGACACAGACCUGGAAGUUCCAUACAGUGUGUCUUUCUGCACCACCUCAUAAUUUCCCUGAACUCCAAAGGAAGCAGACAGAUAAAAGGACAGAAGAAUCAAGAUGGGAAAAUCCACCAAAUUCCAACCCAAACCCAACUUUCUCCCUACGUGGUAAACACCAGAUUAGCUGGAAUUCUGCCUCCUUCCUUGGCGCUCCACCCCCCACCAUUCCCCCAUUUGCACUGCUCUCUAAGCCUUCCCCUCACCGCCAUCCCUAACCCAGUCUCAAUGCCCUCAUAUCAAUAAGACUGGGGUAAGGGGGACAAGAUACUUGUCACAUAUUUAAAGAAAUUCCAUACAGUGAAGGAAAUUUGAGUCUGUAUUGCUGCUACAAUGGGUCAAAGUAACAGGCGGGCAGAUUUUGGCUGGAGGAAGGGCUUCUAGCAUGACUGGCUCCUGCGGGAAUGGCUGCUCUGGCCACCUGCAGGCAGAGAGUGGGGACAGAGGCUCCAGAAGGAGGUUUCUCCCAGCGCUAAAAUCCUGGUGUUCUAUAAAAUCUUUAUUGAGUGCCUUCCGGUGCAGGCACUGGGAGAGACAAUAGCUUUGAGGCGCUCACAGUCUAGCUGAGGCGAUGAGACACAUCCAAUAUUACAGAAACGGAGAAUAACCUAAGAUUCAAGGUUAGCAGCAAUGAGCAUCACAGUGUCCAACUCAGUAGCUCCAGCACAUGAAAACAUCUCUGCUGGAGAUCCACCAGUGGGGAAAAAUACAUCUGAGUCAGGAUGUUGGGGAAAGAUAGUCACCGAUAGCCACAGGAAGCUGAGAAUUCUGCCCCAUCCUCUCCAAUGGCUGGGUGAAAACCAAGAAUUCAUCGAAAGAUGGAUUCGACCUGGAGGUAGCUAGGGUGGUCUAGGAAGGUCACUCCUCUCUUAGUCUCAGUCUUUCAUUCUUUCUGCUGAGGCUGCCCUGAAAGGCUGGCAGGCGGGAGGGAGUCAGUGGGGAGGCUAGGUAGAACUAGAGCUGGUGUCCCAGGUUCCAGUCUGGGCUCUUCACUAACAAAGUGGGCAACACUAGAAACUUCCCUUCAUCUCUCUGGGCCUCAGUUUCCUCAGUUACAACCUAAGGAGGUCAGAUUGGAUGCUUGCUAAUUUCCUUCUGACACUCACACUUUGUGAUACUCCCUAACAUCAGCACAUCUUCUUCAAGGCGGCAGAGCUGUGUGCCCACCCAGCUGAUGAAAAGGACUUUCUGUGAGCACACUCUGUAUCAGAGGCUGGGUGAGCACACGUGCUGAGUGAGAGAGUGGGCCCUGGUCCCCUCCCAAUGCUCUGCCCCAGGCUAAUAUUAGGGACUGGGGAGGGGACUACCAGAAGGGAGAGGGAAGCUGCUUACUUUGGGGGUAGACCCUGAAGCCUCCCCUCCUUCCUAUCUCUGAGGACCUUGUCCCCCACAGGUGGGGACGGGAGCUAAUGGGCACUCAGAACCCUGCAGCUCCCACUUCCUUAGCCGGGAAGCUGUUUCGGGGAGAAGAGAGGACUGGGGUCUGUGCUUUGGCUCCCUCCAGGUCCCGGCACUGGUCAGGGAGUCUGGGAAGAGUGGAGAAGAGGCGGGGUCAGGCCUCAGCAUCUCACAUCCACCACCUCCAGGAGGGGAGACCACUGGUAAGUCCUCCUCCUGCUCAACUCAAGGGACUCAGACCCUUUCUUGACUGAGACGCAUGAGUGCCUUCUGGGGUGAGAACAGCCCCAGGGUUUAAGUUGGGUGUCCUAGCCGCCGCCGCAGCUGUGCCACCGCGGGUCCACCGAGGAUGCCAAUCAAUCAACCCAACGCCACAAGCCUGGCAGGGCGCAGGCAGAGGGCAAGCAGGGGCUGCCCCUCCACCUGGCCAGGACCCCCUUCGGCCCCCUGUCGCCCUUGGCCACCACCUGUGGCAGGACUGAAGCUCCUCUUCUGCAAACGUUCCCAGCCUCCGUGCAAGUAUUCUUAACUCUUUUACGCCUAAUGAACAAGCACAGUUUUUCAAUGGUGAAGAAAAAAGCACCAGACUUUUUUUUUUUCCUAAAGAAAUCCCCUAAGCCCCCCGCCUGCCAGCGGGACAAACACACCCCGUGUGGGGCUGUAGCAACGUCUGUCAGGCCCACUUGUGUUUCAUCUCCUGCGCGCGUAGAGCAAAUGCUAGAGCGAUUUCAGCUGAUAGAAAAACAAAAAUGAAAAAAAAAAACACAAAAAACAAAAAACAUGGCACGUUGCUAGUUUACAGGGUUUUGUGAGUUUAAAUGCCUUAUAUUUAACAAUCAUAAUUUAUGACUAACUUGUAGAUAUUGUGGGUUCUUAUUUAAUUAUUUUUAUAGUUGUUUUGCAUUUUUAAUUAUAAUUUAUUUAUUUAGAAAGGAUACUAAUUUUUUUUAUUACUCCUAUUACCUCAUUUUGGCGUUGUUUCUGGGAGUGGAAUGCUUUGCAUGCAUUGGUACGAUGACAAACAACUACGAAUACAAAAAAAAUUUAAAUAAAAUUCUGCAAACUUUAUUUCGUCCAAACUAUCAGGGUGUGUGAUUGCAAGCUGUCCUACCGUGGUGCUGGCCUCUUUGGAUACAUUCCAUACGAAAUGCAAACCUUUGAUUCUGUAUGCUGUGAUCUAGUGAAAAACUCCAAUAUAGUGACUGUAUUUAGCACAUAUAUAAAUAUAAUUUGCACUUGUCAGCAGACUGGGGUAAUCCUUUCACUUGCUAUCCUUGGCAUCCCCCUCCCCACAAUCCCACCACUCCACCAUGAACCUGCCUUUCCUCCUCCCUCGCCCCUCCCACAAUCUCAGCCCACCCAGCUGCUAUCCUCUGAGGAAAGUCUUAGGGCACUGGGGGUCACUAUCUCCAUCUGGCCUCCAACUCCAGAAUUAGAGGCCUCCAGACAUUACAACAGGAACAUCAGAGAGCCAAAAAACCUGACUUCUUAGAUAAGCCCUGGACUGGGGAGCCGGCAGGCUCAGGUUUUCAGAUUUGUUAUGACAGCAGUCCCAGUGACCCUGAGCAAGUCCCUUGGCCCCCUGAGUCUCAGUUUUCUGGGUGGGGUGGGUGAGGAGAACUGGGGGUUCUUUACAGUCCCUCGGAUUCAGGCGGAAUAUGACACAGAUCCUGUGCUGUGCUAUCUCACUUUCUCAGGAGAGAAGAAAGAGGGAGAAAAGGCCAGGCAUGGUGGCUCACGACUAUAAUCUCAGAACUUUGGGAGGCCAAGGUGGGCGGAUCACCUGAGGUCAGGAGUUUGAAACCAGCCUGGCCAAGAUGGUGAAACCCUGCCUCUACUAAAAAUGCAAAAAUUAGCUGGGCGUGGCGGUGUGUGCCUAUAAUCUCAGCUACUUGGGAGGCUAAGGCGGGAGAAUGGUUUGAACCCAGGAGGCGGAGGUUGUAGUGAGCUGAGAGCUUACCACUGCACUCCAGUGUGGGUGAUAAGAGCAAAACUCAGUCUAAAAAAAAAAGGGACUGCGGAGAAAGGGUAGAGGAAGGAGAAAAGGAGACAAAAGAGAGAAGAAUAGAGAGAGUGAGCUGAGAAUUUAUCCGAGCUUGCUGAGUUGACUUCCAGGAGGGUUUUCAUCCUAUUAUAUAUGGCAUCCUGUGGGUGACAGGGAGGUGAGUUAGGUGGGCAUGUAUGGAACGUGCCCUUUCACAAGGCUUGGGCAGUCAUUUGGAGAGUGAGCUGAAAUCCAUGUCUUGUUAGAGAUAGGGAUGAGGUGGGAAGAUAGGAGCCCCAAACUAUGGGUUUGGGAUUGCACCCCCAUCCUAUUAUCUCCCAGAGCCUUCGUUGUUGAGAUGCCACCCAUUGAAAUUCGACUGGGAUGUAGACUCUGGAAUCAAGGUCUCUGCUCCCGGUAUCUCCUCCAUCUCCCUCUGCCUUUGCUCCCUGGGGGCUGUAGGCAGGAGGAGCUUCUAUGGAGGACCGGGAGUGGGCCACCAAUCCCCCUGCCCCUGGAGAAGAAUAAUAGGGGAGGACAUGGGGAAGCUGCCACAUCAAAGGCUGGCACAACUGUGAACCCAAUGCCUCUGAGCCAAAAGGAGAGAGGGGUUCAUGCCCCUGAUAGUAGCCCCCUGAGGGGGCUGGGACUUAGCCUGUCUGCCUUCCUCCUGCCUCUUCUCCCUGCCCUCCUUCCCAGCCCAUCCUCCCUCUUGCCUCUUGACAUCACUGCCUUUGCCUUGUGGGGAUAAGUCCCAUGGGGAAGGUGCUGAUGUGGAGGGAGGAAGUGGAGAUCGAGAUUUGCUGAACUGCCCAGCGAGGCUGUGAGCACUGGGCUCUGUGUGGUCCCUAAGCCCCAACUCUGCCCCGGCUGGGCGAUGAGUGCCCCUCCCUGGGCUUCCUGCCCGGCUUCCCCUUCUGCCUCCAGCCUGGAGCCUUGCUUUCCCUGGAGACAGCCUGUGGAGUCCCCCACCACACUGGAGGGAGCAUGACCACCACACUGCUGGGCCCGGCAGAUGCCAUGUCCUUGGCAGGGCUCCGGGACGGGCAUGCCUUAUGCUGCACUGCAGGGUCAGAGUGGGAAGGGGCCCUUUGCCCUGGCUGGCCUUUGCCCUCACCCUUGAGCCCUCCCCCCACUCCACCCCUGGCCUUGGAUGCGGCUCUUUUCUCAGCCAUGGAGCCAGCCGCACCAGCCCUCAAGGGGGUAAUUUGGUUGCCCCUGGUAAGUGAAAGGAUUAUCCUCAGUGUUGAUUGUCCUUUUUUGUAAUCCUCCUGCUGUUCUGUUCUGUUGUGCUGUGCAACAUUUUGCUACAUAGACUAUUUUAUAGCAGAAAGCUAGAAGAAUAUUUAUUAUGAAUAUUAAAGCAAUAGUGCAUCAAUGAAAAGGCGGAGACAUUAGGAAUUGUGUAAAUGCUUAGAUUCACUUUUGGUGGAUUUUUUGUACUUUAUUUAUAACUAAUAAAAAUGAACUGCAUUGCUAACUACA